AAUUAAUAAUUUGACAUUUUAUAUAUACAUCAUUGUCUUACCAUUCUGUAUUUACAAGAAACUAAGAAGCAUAUAUGAAACAACAAUUAUUUAUAUAUUUCUUAUAACUCGUAUUUACCUCAAGGUUUAGAUAUUUUUUAGUACAGGUUACAUAUAUAAUUACCUAAUGCCAUUGGAUCAACAAGCACAUAAGCUUAGACCAGGUCCCCCUCAAUUGCCUCCUUUGUUCAAAGGGCAAGAAAUUAGAUCAGGACCAUAUACUACCAUAGUUACCGAUGAAAUGGCAGCACGAAGAGAACGAGAAAAUCUAGAGUUGUAUAAUGCAUGGCUUGAGCAACAAAGAAGAAGAGAGAUGGAUCCAGAUGACGAUGGUUCAGAUUAUAUAGGCGACUUUAAGCAAGAUAAUGUGAGAAGAAAUUUCAUUAGAAAAGUCUUCUGUAUUUUAACACUUCAAUUAUUAUUUACAACUGGGGUCAUAGCUUGUUUCCUAUUUGUGGAUGAGGCAAAAAAAUUUAUGAUAGUCCAUUGGUAUUUGUGGAUUAUAGCACUGGUAUCCUUUACUAUUUCUUAUUGUGCUGUGUCUUUUUCUCCAAGUGCUAGACGUAAAACACCUUGUAACUACAUAUGGCUAUGUACAUUGACCAUAGCUAUGUCAUAUCUAGCUGCUUUCGCGUCUGUUUUUUACGAGAUUGAAACAAUUUUGCUGGCAUUAGGUAUGACAACAUUAAUUACACUAAUAGUAGGUUUUAUUGCAACAUUUUCAAAGUUUGAUUUGACAAUGAGAACUGGACUUAUGAUGAUUCUUGGAAUAGCUUCUAUUGUUGCCAUUUUUGUGAUGAUGAUAGUUCUGAUAUUUACAUAUAUAAAAGUAUUACACGUAUUAAUUUCAGUCAUAGGAAUGAUCUUAUUAUCAAUGUAUCUGUACUUUGAUGUGCAAACAAUCAUGGGUGGAAGAAGGAUAGAGAUACAUCCUGAUGAGGUAGUAUUUGCAACUGUGCAAAUUUAUGUUGACAUUGUUUUGUUAUACCAAUAUGUGUUAAUGUUCAUGGGUGUAGUUCAUAAUCCGUAAAUAUUUAAAAUAAAAGUGUAUUUUUAAGAAAUAAAUACACUAUGAACUUGAAAAUGAUAUAUCAAAUGUAUAAUCUUCUUUAUGUAUAACAGAA